GAAUACCUGGCAGAAAAUUAGAUGCGCGUAUAUAAGUCAUUCAUCGCCGUCUCCUUUGGUAAUCUUCUAUCUUCAUCCUCACUACAUUCUUUCACACCAACAGCCUGUGGCUUGUUUCCUAUUCUGACACUCCUUUACAUUCUUUCCCAACUACAGCUUGACGCUCUUUUAUCAUGUAUCGCACUCUCCCUAUCGCCUCGGCGUUGAUCGCCGUCGUCCGCGCGCAGCAGGUCUGCACCUCGACGACCGAAACCCACCCGGCCCUCACUUGGUCCAAGUGCACUGCCAGCGGCUGCACCGAAGUCGCAGGCUCCGUUGUGGUUGAUGCCAACUGGCGAUGGACUCAUACUGUGGAGGGCAGCACCAACUGCUACACUGGCAACGAGUGGGACACGUCCAUCUGCACUGAUGGCGAGACCUGCGCUUCCGCGUGCUGUGUCGAUGGCGCCGACUACGCUUCCACCUAUGGUGUGACCACCAGCGGUGAUCAACUUAGUGUUGGCUUUGUUACUAAGGGUACCUAUGCGACCAACAUCGGCAGCCGUCUGUAUCUCAUGGAGGACGACGAGACCUACCAGAUGUUCACCCUCUUGGGCAACGAGUUCACUUUCGAUGUCGAUGUAUCGGGCAUUAGCUGCGGUCUCAACGGUGCUCUGUACUUUGUCUCUAUGGACGAGGAUGGUGGCAAGGCCAAGUACGAUGGCAACAAGGCUGGCGCCAAGUACGGCACUGGAUACUGCGAUGCUCAAUGUGCCCGCGAUGUCAAGUUCAUCAACGGAGUGGGCAACGUGGAGGACUGGGUUCCCUCAGAGAACGACCCCAACUCAGGCGUCGGCAGCCUCGGCACAUGCUGCCCUGAGAUGGAUAUCUGGGAGGCCAACGACAUUUCCACAGCAUUCACCGCCCACCCCUGCAAGGAUCUCACUCAGCACUCUUGCGACGGCGAUGCCUGUGGCGGAACCUACUCCGAUACCCGCUACGCUGGUGACUGCGAUCCCGAUGGCUGCGACUUCAACUCGUACCGCCAGGGCAACGAGACCUUCUACGGCCCCGGCUCCGACUUCACCGUCGACACCACCAAGACCAUCACCGUCGUCACGCAGUUCGUCGAAGGUACCAGCGGCGGCCUCUCUUCCAUCAAGCGCUUCUACGUCCAGGACGGCGUGGUGGUGGCCAACUCCGAGUCGACCAUUGCCAGCAACUCUGGCAACGCCCUCACCGAGGAGUUCUGCACUGCUCAGAAGGUGGCAUUCGGCGACGACGACGACUUUGCUGCCAAGGGCGGAUACUCCCAGAUGAGCGAUGCCCUUGCUGCCCCCAUGGUCCUGGUCAUGAGCCUCUGGGACGAUCACUACGCCAACAUGCUCUGGCUCGACUCCAACUACCCUGCCAACUCCACCGCCGACGGUGCCGCGCGAGGAACUUGCUCUACCGACUCCGGCGUGCCAUCUGAUGUCGAAGCAGCCACCCCCAAUGCAUCCGUAGUCUUCUCCAACAUCAAGUUCGGCCCCAUUGGCAGCACCUUCGACAGCGGUUCCACCGAUACCGGCUCCUCCAGCUCCAGCGCCGCCGUCAGCACCAGCAAGGCCACGGCCACUGCCAAGGUUAGCACUACUUCCAAGGCUGCAGUCCAGACCACCUCGGCCGCCGCCGUCGUCGAGAAGUCCAGCAGCACUGUAGUCAAGGUUGAGAGCACCGCUGCAGCCGUCGUCGAGAGCACCGCCGCUGCUGAAGUUGAGACCAGCGCCAUCGCUGAAGAGAAGACGACCACAACCACCAUGACCAAGGCCAGCACCACAACGACUACCACCACCAAGGCCAAGCCCACCAGCGCCGCUGCCCAAUCUAGCGCCUCCAAGGCAUCCGCCGGAGCCAACGUCACUACCUCUGCAGCUGAGGCACCCGUUGCCAGUGCGACAGCCACUCCCACCGACGACGACGACGACUGUGAGGAUGACGAGGAUGACAGCGACGUCACGGUUGCUUCCAAGUACUACCAAUGCGGCGGUGUUAACUGGACCGGCGCUACCGAGUGUGCAUCCGGCACCACCUGCACCGAGCAGAACGAGUGGUACUUCCAGUGUCUUUAAAAUCCACCUGAGAACAAUGUUCUCCUGCCGUGGCCGUUGAGAGGAAACAUCGACAGUGGCUUCAGAUGGGCGGCACUACAAAGGCAGGAGGGCGUACGGUUUACAUCAAGUUCAUUUUCCCAUUCCCAGAGAUGUAAUUUUGCAUUUCUCAUUCUAU